UGAACGAAUCAGAAAAAUAUACGUCGGUGAACACUGUCCUAUCACACAAAAGUGUGUAGUGUGUAAAUGUAGGAAAGCCAGAGGGAAAGAAAAAAAAAAACGAAAAGUAGUGGACGGGAACGCGAACUUUAGUGAAAGAAAAAAAAAAUAUGUGUAGCCAAACUUGAGCCCGAUUCGAUGAUUUCAAAGCGACAGGAAAAAUUUCAAGCGCGAUCUUAAUAUUGUGAUUGUGAAUAUCGUGUUUCGGUAGCGUCGCGCGACUUUCCCGAUAAGUUUCUUUCCAAUUUUUUUCUUGUAUUGCCAUCGAAAUCGACAACAUGUAAUUUUUGUUUGUUAAUUUGUGUAGAAAAAAAAUAUUGUGUGUGUCGUCGUCGACGUCGUCUUGGUCGCCGCCGUGUUGACUUUUUCCCUGUACGGGAACAACCCCAGGCAAACUUUAUUUCAGUCGUCACAAAAAAGUGAUUUUGUCUGUAGAGUUUACUCUGAAAUUUCUCCCAGUUCUUACUACAUGAAUUGUGAAAAUGUUUCCCUGUGACGUUCGAUAAUGCAUGAUUAUCCUUGUGCAAAUGAACACGCGACCGCGGCAAUAAGCCUUUGUUGUGAUGCGGCCCUAGUGGCUGCGAGUAUCCUUUGGGCCCCGAUUGGAACUUUUAGUGUACACAUAUCCGGCAGCACGCCGGAGGUUUCAAUUUGAGCCCGAGGAGAUCCAUUGGAUGAACAGUUGUGCGUGUCGUUUCGUUAUUUCUCAACAAGGGAUCACAGUGAUAAAACUACAAAUGUGCCGUGUGUGUUGUGGUUGGAAGGGCAUUGAAGAUAAUCUGUAAACUGAUCCAGCUGAAAAUUAAAAACUAUUAACAGACCCCGGAAACAUCCUAAAAUGUUUGAAAAACUGAAAAUAUUCAUUCGCUACAAUCAAGCAGCCAUUGAGAAACUCAAGUGACAGUGUUACAUUAUUCGAAUCGGUCGCGACUAAAGGGUGACGCGAAAAUCAAAAAAAAAGUUGUGAAAUUGAACUGGCGACCCUUCGGGGUGCAAAACAGACCUACAGAGGCUAAUAGUGCGAUCUACGAUCUUCAGUAUCAAAAGAAAAGGUGGUGGUGGGUAGCAUUGUGUAUUUUGAGUGUCUACUGUUGCCGUGUAAGCCACAGCAUCAGUGGGAGAAGGACGCGUAACUGACUUGCGGCCUGCAAAACAAGAUGGUUUCGAAAAUUGAGAAGCAAACAUUCGGUGAUGUACUAAAUACAGGAUCUACGCAAAUAGGAUCAGUGAGCGGUGGUAGCUUCGCCGGUAGCGAUCAGAAUUCCAUAGUUCAGCCUCAAACAGCAGCUGCUACGUCCCCGAAUAAAAUUCCGCUCGGUGGAGGAUCUGUCGUGGAUUCGCCUUCACGAAAUCGUGGGACAUCCUCUCCCCCGCCGCCUGUACUCACUCCAGAAGUGACCAAUAAUCACGAAGAUACAAAACGGGCAUCUCCAGAUCAUUGUUCUGUUGCUCUCGGGACUGCAGUGACAAUGCCAGGUUUUGGGCGGCGAGCUAGUGCUACGACCGCUUCAAAUCCCACAGGAACCGGAACCGGUAGUGCUGCAACAGUUCCGCUAUCUGGAAUGCAGGGAUCAAAUGAUAAUUUAACUACACAAUUGUCUGGGCAAGCACAUCAGCAACAACAAUCGAUUCCUUCGCUGCAGCCGCCACCGCAUUUGCCGCCUCAAAAGCCUGCAACGCAUAGUUCGCCGACUGCAUUUUCCAGUACGAAGAAUGAAGAGUUUGUGUUUAUAAGGCCUCCAGAAUGUUUAAUUUUCAAGCCAAAUGAAGAAGAGUUCAAAAAUCCACUCGCGUAUAUUAGCAAAAUACGUUCCGUGGCCGAGAAGUAUGGGAUUUGCAAGAUUCAACCACCAAAGUCCUGGACACCACCAUUCACAGUCGAUGUAGACAAACUACGCUUUACACCACGCGUGCAACGUCUAAACGAGCUAGAAGCAAAGACACGCGUCAAAUUAAAUUUUCUCGAUCAAAUUGCAAAAUUUUGGGAACUUCAAGGAUCAUCACUAAAAAUUCCCAUGGUCGAAAGAAAAGCCCUUGAUCUUUACACUCUUCAUCGUGUCGUUCAAGAAGAGGGCGGCAUGGAACAAACAACACGAGAAAGAAAAUGGUCAAAAGUUGCCCAACGAAUGGGCUAUCCUGCCGGGAAAGGUGUGGGAACCAUCCUGAAAGGACACUAUGAACGGAUUCUGCAUCCUUUCGAUAUAUUUACGAUGGGCAAAGCAUUAGCUGCUGUAGCUGGUACAAAUACAGAAGAUGGCACAACCAAGGCCAAACUAGAACCCGAGAGUGGUGAUCAAGACUAUAAACCGCACGGAAUUGUAUCGAGACAACAAAUAACUCCACCUAAAGAAAAUACAGCUCGGAGAUCGAAACGGUUUGCCAAUAGUUCUUCUGCUACAUGCGGGGUUUCCAACUACAACCUGAAUCAUUCUGGUAUCGGAACCCAUGGUCCAUUUAAUACUCCCAUCAAGGAUGAGAUCAAACGAGAAAAUGAUGAUGGAGGAACGCCACUUCGCUAUGGAAAGGGGCGAUCGCGAAAUUGCAGUACAAGCUCCAAUAUCAGUGCCGGCAGAGGUGGUAAGAAACAGAAAGACGUGGAUCCAUUGGCUAAAUAUAUUUGUCAUAUUUGCAAUCGAGGUGAUAUUGAGGAGGCCAUGCUACUCUGCGACGGAUGCGACGAUAGCUAUCACACUUUCUGCUUAAUACCACCUUUAAGCGAUAUUCCAAAAGGUGAUUGGCGAUGUCCUAAGUGUGUUGUGGAGGAAGUAAGCAAGCCAGUUGAGGCCUUUGGGUUUGAACAAGCCCAACGUGAGUACACCCUGCAGCAAUUCGGAGAGAUGGCGGAUCAAUUCAAGGCAGACUACUUCAACAUGUCUGUACACUUGGUCCCUACCGAGCUGGUUGAACGCGAAUUCUGGAGAAUAGUAUCGUCUAUAGAUGAAGACGUGACUGUCGAAUAUGGAGCGGAUUUACACACAAUGGAUCACGGAUCAGGGUUUCCUACAAAAAGCUCUUUAUACUUGCUACCCGGCGAUCAAGAAUACGCCGAAUCCAGCUGGAACUUAAACAAUCUUCCACUUUUGGAAGAAUCUAUACUCGGUCAUAUAAAUGCCGAUAUAAGUGGCAUGAAGGUUCCAUGGAUGUAUGUCGGAAUGUGUUUCGCGACUUUCUGCUGGCAUAACGAGGAUCACUGGAGCUAUUCCAUCAAUUACUUGCAUUGGGGCGAGCCGAAGACAUGGUAUGGCGUCCCUGGUUAUAAAGCUGAAGCCUUUGAAGCCACUAUGAAAAGUGCUGCACCGGAAUUAUUUCAAUCGCAGCCGGAUUUACUUCAUCAGCUUGUGACAAUCAUGAAUCCAAAUAUUCUGAUGAAUGCAGGAGUUCCAGUUUAUAGGACCGAUCAGCAUGCCGGUGAAUUUGUUGUGACAUUCCCCAGAGCGUACCAUGCUGGUUUCAAUCAGGGCUAUAAUUUCGCGGAAGCGGUCAAUUUUGCACCGGCUGAUUGGAUGAAAAUGGGACGUGAGUGUAUCAAUCAUUAUUCAACACUACGUCGAUUCUGUGUCUUCUCACACGAUGAACUUGUCUGCAAGAUGGCUCUUGAGCCAGAUAAAUUAAAUUUAGGUAUCGCUACAGCUUGCUACUUAGACAUGGCAGAAAUGGUUGAUUCGGAAAAGAAGCUUAGAAAGUCACUACUAGAAUGGGGGGUAACAAAAGCCGAACGGGCGGCCUUCGAAUUAAUCCCGGACGACGAGAGACAAUGUGAAUCCUGCAAGACAACUGUAUUUCUAUCUGCAGUCACUUGUUCUUGCACUAACUUACUAGUUUGCCUUCGUCACUAUACUGAGCUCUGUUCAUGCCCUCCCGAGAAGCACACCCUUAAAUACCGAUAUACUCUCGACGAGCUACCUUUAAUGCUGAAGAAACUCAAAGUUAAGGCGGAAAGCUUUGAAAAUUGGCUGUCUAAAGUUCGGGACGUCUUAGAUCCGAAUACGGCAACAACAAUCACCCUAGAAGAGUUGCAAGAACUCGCUCAAGAAGCCGAGGAUAAAAAAUUCCCCAGCUCCAUAUUAUUAGAACGUUUAAACGCAGCCGUUUUAGAAGCAGAGAAGUGUGUUACUGUUAUUCAACAGCUUGACAUCAAUAAAAUGCGUACACGUACAAGGAAUGCAAGUGAUGCAGCCAAAUACAAAUUAACACUCGACGAAUUGGAGAUGUUUGUACAAGAAAUUGAUAAUCUAUGCUGUAUUAUACAGGAGGGUCAGAGCGUAAGGGAGCUGCAAGCCUUAGGGAAAGAAUUCCUUGAGUCUGCUAAACAAUUGCUGAAUGAGCCUAUAAGCAAAGCUGAUGAACAAGCCAUAGAGAAGUUGAUAGAGGAGGGGUCUACCCUUUGUAUUGAACUUCCUGAGAUUAAGGCAUUGAAGGAUCGCCUUCAGCAAGUGAACUGGUAUAAUCGCGUAAGGGAAUUCCGUGACGCACAAGAGAAGAUUCCAGUAGCGGAUAUUCACAAUUUCUUGAAGGAAGGAAUAAACAUAACACCUGACUCUAUAAUCGAAAAAGAACUCUAUGAACUGCAGGAGAUUUUGAUGAGUGUUGAGGAUUUGGAAGUUGUGGCUAAACGGUGUCUUGAAAGUGAGACAUCUCGUGAUCUUUCUGAGAUUGAAUUACUCUUAGAACGUGCGGAGGAUUUAGAAGGUGAACUGCCAUCUCGCCAGGCUCUGAAAGACGCAGUUAAAAAAGCGAAGGAGUGGCUUCAAAUCGUCGAGGUAUUGCAAUCAAAUGAAAGCUACCCAUAUUUUCAUACUUUGGAGAAUUUGGUGAAUCGGGGGAAGAAUAUUCCCUUCCAAUUGGAAGAAUUGAAACGUAUGGAAGAGCAUUUGUCCAGCGCACGGUCAUGGAAAGAACGAACGGCAAGAACAUUCCUCAAAGAGUGUACGAAUUUCACGUUGCUUGAUGUACUCUCGCCACGAGCUGAAGCUGUAAUGUACGGGUCCAAGGUGAAGAAAAGAUCUAUGGAGGAGCAAUUCACAGAGGAAAUGAGUUUAGGGCAGAUGGUGAAUGCAUUCAAAAAUGCUGAAGAGAAGGAGAUAGCUGACAUGAAGGCUCUACGAAAGCAGAAUAUGGAAAAAAAUCCAAUCGAGGAUAAAUAUUGCAACUGCAAACGAAAGUUCCAUGGUCUUAUGUAUCAAUGCCAGUUGUGUAAAGAUUGGUUCCAUGAAAGGUGUGUACCACCACCUAAAAACACCGUUCGUCCGCGGCCGAGCAACACUUCAAGUCCAUCAAAUGCGCUCAACGUCCCGCAGUUGACAGCACGCGAACGAGAUCGGGAACCGAAAUUCUUAUGCCCAUCAUGUAUGCGAUCACGUCGUCCACGUCUCGAGACUAUUCUCUCGCUUCUUGUAUCCCUUCAACGAUUACCGAUUCGACUGCCUGAAGGCGAAGCAUUACAGUGUCUUACUGAACGUGCCAUGAAUUGGCAAGAUCGCGUACGCCAGGCUUUCGCAACUGAAGAUGUUGUGUCUGCCUUAGCUUUGCUUUCAAACAUUUCACAAAAGAAUAGUAAUUCAUCGACAAAUGCAAGUGGUGGUGGUGGUAGCUCAGGUGGGCUAGACAAAGACUUUAGAAGUGAUAGAAAUAAACGAAGAUCUCAACAGACAGCGACUAGAUUACGUACUCCAACUAAUGCAACAGGAACAGAUGAUGAAGUUGAUACUAGUUCCGAGGAUGAGACACAUAUGACGAAUAAAAGUGGGUUAGCAGCAUCACCUAUGGGGGUUCCUCUAGGAGGUGGCAAUAGUUCACCCUCUUCUCCAAGUAUUACAUCCUUUAGCAAAAUCGAACAUGCCUAUUCGGUUCCUGUGCCGCCCAAUAUUUCAAAUUCUCCCGGAGGUGGAAAUAAUUCAAGUUUUGGUAAAGCAACACAGGGUGAUCUACGUUCGCCGUUGUCUAAGAGCGAAAUGGCUUUAAUUACAUUAUCAAAACCAACUAAAGAGAUUCUGGAGUUACUCAUGAUGGAGGGCGAUCUUAUGGAAGUGUCAUUAGAUGAAACUUUACAUAUUUGGCGAAUUCUCAAUGCAGCUAAGCCAUCCAUAUCGGAUCUAGCGUAUAUACAUAAUAAAUAUAAAAUAACGCCUACACCAAGCAGCGAUAUUCUAGUCACAAGCAAUAAAAAGAAACGUCGCUCUGAUGAGAGCUUAACACCACAAAUGGCCAAGCGUUCCACGAAAGGUCAAUCGUCAGCUAACUCCAAUGUGUCUCAGUCGGCGUCCGGUUCGGCAAAUGUAUCUGGAUCGACAGUUUCCAGUGCAAAUAACAACGGAACGGCUAGCGGUGCGUCUCAAGCAAACAGCUCAGGGACGGGUACAAAAUUGAAACGUGGUCGAAAAAUGAAACUUGUGCAGAAGGAAGUGGAGUCUCCUGCUAAUAUAGGAAAUAGCGGUACUGGACCAUCGGAACCGAAAAAGCGUAAACGUGGCAAGAAAGCCGCUCGUCAAGAGCAAGUAACAAUGAUUGCUGCAUCUACUUCGGAUGAUGAUGAAGAAUGUAGCGCUACCAAUUGCGCGCGCCCGACCGGGCGCGAGGUAGACUGGGUUCAAUGCGACGGUGGUUGCAACAAAUGGUUUCACAUGUAUUGUGUUGGAUUAGAUAAAGAUCAAAUCAAGCCGGAUGAUGAUUUUAUUUGUAAGAGGUGUAAGAAGAAUCAUGCUGGAUCGUCAACGAGUGACACAAAUGCAGCAGCAGCAUCGACAUCGGUCCAGCCGGCGUUGCGUGAGCAACAACAACAUAAUACUACAAAAGAUACCGAGAGUGCUGUACCGUCAUCGGUUGGUAAUAGUAUUGGUAGCAGCGCGGGCGGGAAUGGAAGUGCUGGCGGGGGCGGUGGUGGCGGCGUCGGUAAGGGUGGUCGGCAACAAAGAUCCUCCACCAGUGUUUCAAACCCCUCCCCUUCGAAUUCAAUUAAAAAUAAUUGUAGCGGUAGUAUUAGCAGUACAAUUAAUAGUAGUAGUAGUCUUAGUAGUAAUAAAAUCGAAAAUGAUUGUGAUCAACAACAUACAUCAACAUACAAAACAGGAGAAGAAGAAGAUGAUAAGAAGAGGACGACGACGUCAACAUCGGGGACGGCGGCAACAACAGUAACAACGCCAUCAGCAUCGACGACAUCAGCUACACCCGAUGAAGAGGACACAGAUCAAGAAAGCACAAUAACAAUAGUUUCAUCAACAUUUCAAUUGUCAUCCACAUUAUUAUCAACUAAUGCCGCUACUAGUACUACUCCUCCAGUCGGUGGAAAUUUAACAACCUUAACAGAUCUAUCUUCUUGCCCAUUGGUGGGUGAGCCAACAUCUUCCACAAUGUCGUCCUGCUUUGCUACAACAAGAUCAACACCAAGUAUCGUCCCAACUAACAGUAGUAGUACCGCCGCCACCGCAACAACAACAAUAACAACAUCAACAACAAUAGCAACAACCACAAAUUCUAUGAAUGAUACAAGCUAAAGAGAGAAAAGUAUUUUUUCUAUUUAAUAUAUACAUAUAAAUAUAUAUAUAUAUACAUUUGAAAGAAACAAAAAGGAAAACGGUGAAAAAAAAGGAAAAUUAUCUUGGAUCCCAUACUCGGGCUGUUUGUCGUCGUCAUGUUGUCUUUCGAAGCAAGUAGCAGUAAAUUUAUGUUCCGUUUUUGAUUGCAAGAUUUUCAAUACACAUUCAACAUUGGUUGCGUUCUAUGCACUUCGAGAUAAAUGUUUAGGUUACUCGUUCUUAUUUGCAUAAAUCGUCAAUUUUUUUCUUCUCUCUCUCUCUAGAAAACUUCCUGAUCCUCUGAUAUUUUCAUUGUGACAUUCGUCGUUUGAGGAAUAUAAGGAAGUUUCAAUUACUUUGUUUAUUAAAUGUUUAUUUCGCGAUUGUAGAAAAGGGACUCGGUAGGGAGGAUUUCCUGGGUCAGAGCCCACCGCCGGUAAGGGUAGGAGAAAUGUAGUUUUUUUGCUGAACCCAAGUGUUCUGCAUAGAUAUUUGCCGUUUCUUUAUUUCUUUUUUUCAGGUGUGUAUGGCGGGAAAUAUCCUUUACUGAGAAGCAUUAAGAAUUUCCAAGCCAGAAGAUUUAUGGAGAAUAUCCUAUUUUGUUUUCAAGAUGGUUGGAUGUGUCUUAUUUAUACAUAUGAAUUUGUUUUGUACAAAAAAAAAAAUGUUUUCAUUUCCGAAAGAACAAUUAUUUUCAUUAAAUUGGAACGGGAAAGGAAUUUUCGUUAUCUCUUGUAUGAAGGUUGUACUUUUUAUUCCAAACUGUUAUUUAUGUAAUUUUUAUAUUCAAAACGCAGAAGAGACAAAAUAUAAAAGAAUUCAGAUGACGGAACAGUUUUAGUUAUGCAAAAUGGACAUUCAAUUGAUAGUAUGGGAAAAACAAAAAAAAAAAAAAGAAGUAACAAACUGUAUGAUGAAAUCGUAUCUGUAAGGGCUAUAUAUAAUAUAAAAAGUAACGUUUAAUAGAUUUUAAUUACAUUUUAAACACAGAAAAAUGAAUAUUUAGAAAAAAAGAAGGAUCUAAUUUAAGCGAAGUGCGAAAUUGAGGAGAAAAUAAAUAUGCGACUUGAUUUAAUUGCAUAAAACAAUA